AUGUCGAUCGCCGUACGUUGGGCAAAGCGUCGCACAUUCGUCACGGUAACGAUCGUGAUCGGGCUAUACUACUUCCUGUCCUCAUUUUACAACAAGUACCACAUCAGCACCAUCAUCCCGCACACCAAACCGGAAGACGUGUGGGAGUUUGUGGCCGAUUUUAGUCGGAUGAAAAAACUUAACCCAACUAUAUUAAACUUCCGUGUGAUUGCCGAUCACGGGAACUUUGAGCACUGGAAGUAUUCGGUGGAGUACAACGAACGGUUAUCACACUGGCCGCACACGUUUAACACCGCCAUCGGACAUUACUCGGUGCGGAGGCUGCCAGAAUCGGAAGGUGGUCAAUAUUCGGUUGCCUCCACGCACCGAACGUGCUUUCUGUUGGGUUUGUUUUGCGUGAACUCAAAGGGUGAGUUUAAGAUGUCACGCGUCCACCAACAAGAUACAUACUGCGAGGAGACGGUGCACUACCAAUGUCCUUUCUUCUUCGGUCGGUUCUGUCGACGGGAGGUCGAAUUUCAAAGGCAAGCCAUCAUGGAGAACUUGAAGCAACAGUUUUAUCAGAAAGUGUUCGGACAUUGA